UCAACUCAAAGUUGUUUGGUGGCUUGAAAUUUGGGGCACAAUAAGGGCCGGGAUUCUGUCACCACCGACAUUCUACACAGCUUACUUUGCUUACAAGUUUAAAGAUGGAUAUUACGGGUUUGAUCAUUGAACCUCAGAGAUUUCAGUUGGAAUUUCUGGUGUUGAAUCCAAAAAAACGAUUUGCUUUUUUGCAACCAGAUGGUGAAUGUCAAGAUGAGGAGGGUGAAGAUUGGACUCUGCCCUUUGAUGCGGAGCACGAGGGGCCAUUUAAUUGGCACGAGGAUCCUAGUAUCUUGCAGGCUCCUAAACUUAGAGAUGAUGGAUGGUUUGAGUUAGAAUUGGGUGAGUUUCUUUGUGAAAAGGAAGAUGAUUGCAUAGAAAUGAGAAUGCAAGAGGUGCAGGGUCAUUUUCCAAAGCGAGGCCUUAUUGUUGAAGGAAUUGAGCUAAGGCUGAUAAUUUGUUAA